AAGCUCACAAACCCUAGCAAUGGCGUGCACCCUCGACUUCCGAUACCUCGACGAAGGCCUCGGCGGCCAGAAGAACAAGCGGAAGAGAUCGGAAUCGUCCGAGCCCCAAUCCAAUGGUGGUGAUUCCAUGGAACUCGACUCCAUGUCCGAGCCCCCGCCGGCUAAACGCGCCGCGCUUCCCUCUCUCUCCGAUCCCGAGAAGCCCGCCUUCGGCCGACCUACCUACGACGGCGUCAUUGCUGGAAAGGCCUCCGGCCGCAAGUGGAAGCAGGCCCGGACGCAGCGCGCCUCUGCUGCCCUGGUCUCCCGCCGUGGGAAAACGAUGGAGCUCCGCGCAAAGGAGAAGGAGAUGAAGAGAGCUUAUAAGGAGAGGAUGAAUGAGCUCAAGGAGGAGAUACGGCUGAACAAGGUCGAGAAGAGAAAGAAGAGAGAGGAAAGAGAGAAGAAGAAGCAGGAGAACAUUUUGAGGACGGGGACAAAGCUUCAGAAGAUCACCAACCCUAAAACGCUGAAGAAGAUCGCGAAAUCCAAACAGAAGAAGCUGUUGAAGGUUGUGCCUGAUGAGAUCCUUGAUAAGAAUGCCAACAAGAAGAAGAACAAUGCCUAAAAAUUGCAGCUUUUUUUUUCUCAGGUGAAUCAUGUGACCACUUUAUUAUCUUUUUGUCUUUGAUUUUGUAUGUUUAUGGAUUUAGAUACCAAAGCUGUUAUCUUUUUAUGAGAAUUUUGAAAUUAAAAAUCUGAGCUUUUUGAAGAA